UCCCCGGCCCCUCCGGCAGCCGGAGCUUGGGAUGCAUAUGGUUUUCCUUUCCUCUGUGUAGUUCCUUCAGCUGUUUGGACUCCACAGCCAAAUAAUCUUAUUCCGAAUAGAGAUCUUUAAAGCUUGUUAAAAUGUGUUGGUGUGGAAAUAUUCAGUCACACAUUCAGGAGGAUCUGGACCAAAUUGUUGUCAGCAGGAACAGUAAAGAAUGAACAAGUCACUUCUGCCAAGGGGAAAUGCCAGCAUCAUCUUCUUGGAACUUGAGGUUUGAAAAGUUAAAAGGAUCAGAACUGUUCUGAGACAAACUGCUUUUAACUACUGAUACAAUCUGCUGUGCCCAGUUUGUGGUGUGGAAAACAGGACAGUCUCCUCUGCCUGGUCUGUGCUUGCCAGUGCRACCAAGUGGGAUCACCAUGAAUGUGACAAGUUUAUUUUCCUUUACCAGCCCUGCAGUGAAGAGGCUGUUGGGAUGGAAGCAGGGGGAUGAAGAAGAGAAGUGGGCAGAGAAAGCUGUUGAUGCGUUAGUGAAAAAGCUAAAGAAGAAAAAAGGUGCUAUGGAGGAGCUGGAAAAAGCAUUAAGCUGUCCUGGUCAACCCAGCAACUGUGUCACGAUUCCUCGCUCCUUGGAUGGCAGGCUGCAGGUGUCGCACCGCAAAGGGCUGCCGCACGUAAUUUACUGCAGAGUGUGGCGCUGGCCAGACCUGCAGAGCCAUCAUGAACUGAAGCCACUGGAAUGCUGCGAGUAUCCCUUUGGUUCAAAGCAGAAGGAGGUUUGCAUCAAUCCCUACCACUACAAGCGAGUAGAGAGUCCUGUGCUUCCUCCAGUGCUAGUGCCAAGACACAGCGAAUACAACCCUCAGCACAGCCUCUUGGCUCAGUUCCGCAACUUGGGACAAAACGAGCCCCACAUGCCACACAAUGCGACUUUCCCGGACUCUUUUCAUCAACCCAAUAGUCACCCGUUCCCCCACUCGCCAAACAGCAGUUACCCAAACUCACCGGGAAGCGGCAGCAGCACCUACCCGCACUCCCCAGCCAGCUCGGACCCAGGAAGCCCUUUCCAGAUGCCAGCUGAUACGCCCCCUCCUGCUUACCUGCCCCCGGAAGAUCAUCUGACACACGAUACCUCCCAGCCAAUGGACACCAACAUGAUGGUACCCGCAAUGCCCCCUGACGUACACAGAGGAGAUGUCCAGGCAGUUGCUUAUGAAGAGCCGAAGCACUGGUGCUCCAUCGUCUACUACGAGCUCAAUAACCGCGUCGGGGAGGCCUUCCACGCUUCUUCCACGAGUGUGCUGGUCGAUGGCUUCACAGACCCGUCUAACAACAAAAACAGAUUUUGCCUUGGGCUGCUCUCUAACGUUAAUCGAAACUCCACCAUUGAGAAUACAAGGCGGCACAUUGGCAAAGGUGUUCAUCUCUAUUAUGUUGGUGGAGAAGUGUAUGCUGAAUGUCUUAGUGACAGCAGUAUCUUUGUGCAAAGUCGGAACUGCAACUACCAUCAUGGUUUYCAUCCAACCACUGUGUGCAAAAUUCCUAGUGGCUGCAGCUUGAAGAUUUUCAAUAAUCAAGAAUUUGCUCAGCUUUUGGCUCAGUCGGUGAACCACGGCUUUGAGACGGUCUAUGAGCUUACUAAGAUGUGCACUCUCCGUAUGAGUUUUGUAAAGGGUUGGGGAGCUGAAUAUCAUCGCCAAGAUGUAACGAGCACUCCUUGCUGGAUAGAGAUACACCUUCAUGGUCCCCUUCAGUGGCUGGAUAAAGUACUUACUCAAAUGGGCUCUCCUCACAAUCCUAUCUCUUCAGUGUCUUAAAAGGUCCCAAGCUCCUGCAUUUUGGAAAAAAAUGAGCCUUGCAUGUACUUGAAGGACAUAAGAGUCAGACACACUUUUUUUCCUACCCACUUAUCCCCCCUCCCUGCCUCCGACUGGCAACAGCUGAAUAAGAGCCAUGAAAAUACUUGACUUCUGUGACCAACUGUUGGAUUCAGAAAAAAUAAAAAUAAAAAAAUAAAUCCCUUUGACUUACUGUUGGUAUCAAGAAUUUUAGUUUACAUUUUAAUGUUCUAUUGCAAAGUUGACUUUCAGGGCUUAGUGUAAUGGGGACAACCAAGCAAAAAACACGAUCUGUCAGACUGACUUCCCACAGGAUUUUCCUGUAGUUGGCACUCUGGGAUUCUUUCUUCCUUAUGUUCAACGUUCACUGCUUUUUCUUUUUUUCCCUGUGCCUUCUGGGAGUACAAGCCCGUGUUGGUGAAGUCUGAUUUCUGUAGACUUUCUACAGUACAUUUUAAAAUCAUUUGUCUAGUUCAUAGUUGCUGUUCUUGUAAAAGAAAAAAAAUACGGUUUAACAACUGUGUAAUAAUUUUUUUGAAAUUGUGUCCUGACCAUACUGCUGUAAGAAUGUUAGGWAUGUUUUUUGCUAAAUGUAUGUAUGGUGUAUCUGAAAGUUUAGAAGUUAUUAAAAUUUAGACCAUAAAGGAGUUAGGAAUAUUUGGGAGGGAGGAUUGGGAAGGGAAAAUGACAACUGAAAUGUAGAGUAUAUUGUAAACAUAGCUUAUUAGUUUAAAUUGAGAUCUGAGUUUUGCUGUGCAUUUCAUUUUUUAUAGUGGCUUCAACUUGUUAAUUUUGAUUAUUUUUGCCUCUUCCUUUCUCUUCAAAAUAAUUGUGCAGCUGGUUAAUUCUUUUACCUGUGAAGAGGACAAAAUGAUUAAUUCCUGCAGUGCAGAGCCUGCAGCUCUAUGUAUUUCAAUACAAAAUUGUACAGUAUGCUCUUUAACUAUUGAGCAAUUUUAUACAGUUUAUGUAAAAGAAAUAGGCUUUUAAUUUUGUAAGAAAAUCUUGUUUUUCCAAACCUAGUAACUGUUAAUUGCUUGGAGGACUUCAAKAUCCCUGUGUGGGUCUAUUUCAAACUUUUAAAAGAUAUAUAUUUUUAACAUUUUUUUUAACUGCUUGAUUUAUUUUCCUCUCUCCAAUCUUUUAUAUUUACGUAAGGUGUAGUACUUUUAAGUACCUUUAUUCCAAAGCUAGUGAGUCCUCUUUACUAGAAGUUUUGAAUAAAACCUGUUGUUACUGCAUACAGUUGAUUAUAACCUUGUCAUGUCCACUUCUUAGUAGUUUUGAACAAACCAGAUGCAGAGAUGGAGGAAUAACUAGCAAUGAGGGCAUGCUGAACUUAAACAUUUACAUUUAGCACAGGUUAGUAACCUUAAUCUACUCAGUACCCUAUUCAGUAUAGGAGAUAAAUGAGUUCUCUAGGAAACUAGACAAGAUCCAGAAUGCAGCUGCACUGAAGUAUCCUGACCACCUAGUGAAACUUUUUUUUGGAUGAUUUCAACCUGCUAUCUUUGUACAAGAAGAGUUUUUCUUUUACUGCAGUAUCUUGCAGACUCAAAUCUGCAGACCUAUAUGUAGGUAAUUUUGCAGGAAGCACUGCUGCAUUGAGCUCUGAGAAAUUUUUGGGGAAAUGCCUAUAAAAUAAUAGGAACUCAGAUGAGAUCUGGCCUUGUUGUAUAGAUACUUCUUAUCUUUAUUUCUAUCUUGUCUAUUUGUAAAAUAGAAUUAGCAAGCCUGAYCUUACUUCAUGAAUGGUUUAGAGGUCUUCCUCCAAAAAUAUCU